AGGACGGGAUGGACCUGUCCGCGCUGCGCGCUGGCGCAGUUCUCAACGUGCUCUCCGGCCUGCGCGGCGGGGUGGGGCUCGUUGGCGGCCGCGCCGAGGGAGGCUGGCUCUUCAAGGCCGUCUUCUCCAGGACCGCCGCCCAGGUGCUGGAGGAUGCCCUGCAGGCGGCCUUCGACCUGAUCGGCGACCAGCGGAUCGCGAAGCCGGGCGACCUGUCGGCCGAGCAGGCGCACCUCGCCCUGCGCCGGCUCCACAUGGAUGCCCAGAGCCGCACCGCCAGCGCGGACGAGGCGACCAGGGUGCAGAUCUGGCUGGAGCUCGCGCGCUUCCAUUUCCAGGGGCUGCCGCGGGAGCCCGCACCCGGAGGUGCGGGCGGCCCGGCGGCGGCCGCCAAGGACAGGGACAAGAGCAAGGCCGCUGCGGAACGGCCCUGGCACGACGGCGAGGUUCUCGGCAAGCUGGGCAGGGCCGAGGGAGAGCUCGAGGCUGAGUCUCAGCAGAUGAGCUUGGAGACCCUGCGCGCCCAGAACCGGUCGAUCGAGGA